GGGGGAGCAAGAAUGAGCAAGGGGAAACAAGGGUGGACGGGGCUUGUGAUGGCGUGAAAUACCAUCAGUUGCAGCUUCGGGAGCCGCGCAGCGCUGGUUUGGAGAGCAAGCCCGGUGGAGCCCUUACGCAAGGAAGAGGAGUAAUAUUUAUUCCUCCAAGUGUGGGAGGCGCGCGCGUUUGGGUCCGAAAUUGAAGUGCACGGGAGCCUUGGUGGCUUAUGGACGAUAACUUUUUUGUGUUAAUGGCUAAAACUUUGCCACAAAGCAUGUCCUUCACUUCCGCGUGCCUCGUUUUUUGCAAAGUUCUUUUGCUUGCCUUAGUUAAUUCGUUACCGUGCUGGAGAAGCUGAAGAAACAGAUGGACCUCUUGUGUACGUUGGGGCCUACGAAUUCAAGGUAUAUAGAAUUUAAAUCUUCUCUCACAAGUAUAUGGUAGAGCUAAAGAAGAAGAAGACAAGCAAGGGUCAUCUGAAAUUGUAAUUGGCUCACUAAUAAUCGCAGGACAAAGUUGGAAAUAACUACUCAAGCAUAAGAUGGCCCUCCCAUACCGACUCAAAAUGGAACAAAAUGCAUGGCACCUGUUGUGGACACUACCAAGAUGUUUGAUAUAAAGGCUUGGGCUGAGUAUGUUGUGGAAUGGGCUGCAAAGGAUCCGUAUGGCUUCCUUACAACGGUUAUUUUGGCCCUUACUCCAUUGUUUCUAGCAAGUGCUGUACUGUCCUGGAAAUUGGCCAAGAUGAUUGAAGCCAGGGAAAAGGAACAAAAAAAGAAACAAAAACGUCAAGAAAAUAUUGCAAAAGCUAAACGACUAAAGAAGGAUUGAAGGAAUGAACAGGCUCUAUAACCAGAGAAAAAUCACUUGGAAAAUUAAGCAGCUUUGGAAGGACCCACUGAGGUUUCUUUUCUGAUUUUUAUGACAGUAAUUUGUAGUCACUGAAGUCUGAGCACAUGGAAGGAUCAUGUUAGUUGUGGCCUCUACUACUGCAACUUUUAGGCUUUGGUGUAGAAGUCUGUUGACAGUUAUUGUAAAUUGGCAUUUAUUCUAUAAAUUCUUUAUAACUGACUUAGUCAUUUGCCAUUUUGCAGCUUAUGUACUGAAACGAAAACAUCCUGUGGAGAGAAAUGACGAUACAUUAUGAAUUCUUUUUAAAUAAUGGCUUAGAAUGGGGCCCUUUCUGGACAAAAGGAGUUAAGAAUGUAAAAAUCAAAACUGUCCUGAGGUGAAAAGUGUGCUUUGGCUUAAAAGGCAUAUAGUAUAUUAUAUCUUUUAUCAUUAUUGCUUAUUUCUUGGAAUAGAAUCAUUUCUGGCUUUCUCAAAGCCACAUAUUAACUAAUGACUUUUUGUGUUCUGCAUUUUCUCAUUUUAGCCCUUAUCAGACAUUCUGCAUUUUUUAAAAUCUAAUUUUAUAAAGAAUUCUCUUAUUGACUAUAUAGAAUACCACCUACCAGAUAUAACAGUUUUUGUACUUAUGAACACUGCCAUUUUCUUAGAGAUGUCUUGUUGAGUAGAAUAACACUAUGAUUUAAAGCUUGCAGUAAAAAUGCCAAACCUUGUGUUACCUUGGAACCAGUUUACUCUUUCUUGUGCUAAGUAGAAAUGUGAAGUAGUUAAAAUGUCUUAUCAGAUAAUUUGCUCAUUAUAUAGAUGCCAUUUUUUGUUUUUCUUCCAUUCUUUGUUUUAACUUACCUAGUAGUGAUAUUCUACUUUCUGAUGAAACAGGUUCAUGGUGAAAAUUAAAAUUUCAAAUUUCUUUUAAGGAAUUCUUAAAAAGUAAUCGUUAAGUUGUAAUUCCUAAGUGGUAAAGAAAGGUUUAACAUUUGGAAAAAUUUUGGUCAUCAUACCAGUAAUUAGAUGAAAAAGGUAAAUUAUGUCAAAAUGAGAUAUGUGUUAAAAUUAGAAAUAAAGAGCUAAAGGAUCUUUCCUUUAGUUAAGUAGAUAACUGGAACUUUUUACUAUUAAACAGGCUUUUAUGAAUGCAUAGUCCAGUAAUUUUAUUUGCUGUCAGUAUAUAAUAGCUUAUUAAUGUUUUCCUCCCCUCUGAUAAUGAAUUUUAAGUUACAAAAAAUUGUCCACCAGCUUUAGUUUAAAAAUGGAACUAGAUAUUGAAAUAAAUUUGAUACUUUUUUAUAAAAA